CGGGUUGAGCCUCGGCCCCGCCGGGAGGCCGGCGCCCUCCGUCACCGCGUCGGCCUCCCGCGGGGCCGAGGCUCCUCCCCGUCCCGGCGCUGGCUCUCCCGCCUCGGCUCCCUGGGCUCCGGCUCCUGCUGCGGUCUCUCGGGUGCAGGGCAGUUCUCAGGCCGCGCCGCCAGCUGACUUUGAGGUCUCCGAUGGCUAACGAAGCUCAUCCCUGCCCCUGUGACAUUGGUCACAGACUGGAGUAUGGAGGCAUGGGGCAGGAAGUCCAAGUCGAACACAUCAAGGCUUAUGUCACCAGAUCCCCAGUCGAUGCCGGCAAAGCCGUGAUUGUCAUUCAAGACAUAUUUGGGUGGCAGCUGCCCAACACCAGGUACAUGGCUGACCUGAUUGCAGGAAACGGAUACACAACCAUCGUCCCCGACUUCUUUGUGGGGCAAGAGCCGUGGAGCCCCACUGGUGACUGGGCCACCUUCCCCGAGUGGCUGAAAACAAGAAAUGCCAGGAAGAUCAAUAGGGAGUUCGACGCUGUCCUGCGGUACCUGAAGCAGCAGUGCCAGGCCCGGAGGGUCGGCGUCGUGGGCUUCUGCUGGGGCGGCGUCGCCGUGCACCACGUGAUGAUGACGUACCCAGAGCUCAGGGCGGGGGUGUCCGUCUACGGCAUCGUCAAGGAUUCUGAAGAUGUUUACAGUUUGAAGAACCCCACGUUGUUCAUUUUUGCUGAAAAUGAUGCUGUGAUUCCCCUGGAGCAAGUCUCUUUGCUGACGCAGAAGUUGAAAGAACACUGCAAGGUUGAAUAUCAAAUUAAAACAUUUUCUGGGCAAACCCAUGGUUUUGUGCAUCGCAAGAAAGAAGAUUGUCUACCUGCUGACAAGCCUUACAUUGAUGAGGCGAGAAGGAAUUUAAUUGAGUGGCUGAACAAGUACAUUUAGUAGUGAACAGGUA